CUCCACUCAGUCGCCUCGCCUGCUCGUUCACAAAAGACAGCGCGACAGGAGCCCCCAUACACGCACAGCCACCUACAUAGACAGCAGACCGCCCAAGACAUGAGCAACGGCGUGGGCUUCACGGUGUUCCAAGUGCCGGGCGCCAAGACGACCAAGCGCCCCACGGCCUCUCGGCUGGGCGGUGGGCCCGUGCUCUCAAGCGUCGGCAGCUCGCACAGUAUGGGCGAGCCGUACGCGUCCUUGCAGCACACUGCAAGUGCGUCCGUGGCCAGUAAUGGCUCCAGCUCGUCGCUCCUGAACCAGCCUCGCGGCCAGCGCAACAGCGGCACGACGUUCGCAGCCUUCCAGCCGCCAGGAGGCCUACAGCCCAUCUCGUCCCAGAGUUCAGGCAUUACUACGUCACUAGGCGCCCCGUACGCCGGUACUAGCGGAAGUAUGGGCAGCCACAGCUCCACCGGCAGCAACUCUGGUCUGGCCGUUCCUAUGGGCGUAGGCAUCGGCUUCAGAUCCGGACAGGGCGACGAGCAGCAGCCGCGCGGCGGCGCCGGGUGGAUGAGAACUGGCCGCGUCAUCCGCAUUAAGGACUCGGGCGACAGUUUCCGCUUCCCGCUGGACACUGAGCACUUACCCACCGUAAACGUGUCGACCGAGCAGUUCGAGGCGUUCAAGACCAAGCUCCAGAGUAUCGCCGAGACUUACAUCAACUCGCCGGCCACGUGGCUGGACAACCCCAGUCUGAGUCCUCAGUACCGCAACCAGAGCUGGAAACCGCACCUCGAGAAGAAAAACUGCGUCAUCUACCGCCAAAAAGAAGCAGCGGACGCCAGCAACCUGCAGAGAAAAGCGAUGCUGCGUGCCAAGCUCGACACGUCGCUGGAAGAGCUCGAGUACGCCGUUAACUGUGCCACAACUGAAGAUCAGCGCGCCUACAUGGCUCACUGCUACCAAGAGAGUUUCCUUGAUUCGGCGGUGCUGCAGGUGCGCGAGAAGGCGACAAAUGACGACCCGUUCCAGUUCCUUGGCGUCAAAUGGCUCGCCUUCCAGAGCUCUGUUGACUCGGUGUUCAGCUGCCGAGACACGCUGGUCGUCGAGUAUUCGAAGACGAUGGAGGAUGCCAAGGGACAGAAAGUGCUUGUCAAGGUCCAGCAGAGCGUUAGCAUGGCAGAUUGCGACGGGAACGAGCGCAACUUUGGAUUCGCACGCACAUCCGGCACGUGGGUCUGGCUAUUCCGUAGUAUGGGCCCAUCCAGCGGCAAGGUGGACGUGUCGAUGUUCUCGGAAGACCGGUUCGAUGGUAAUCGCAAUACUCCCAGCUGGUUCGCGAACCGCGUCGUGUCGACAUUAUUCACGGUUGCCCUUCACCACGCCACGGCCGCAGACGCAAAGUUCCUCGUGCGUGGUCGUAUGAUUACAGACAAAGCGUGGGUGCCGAACAACGAACGUCCGGCGUGCUCCGUGUGCUUCAAGAGCUUCAACCUGUUGCGGUCGCGUCACCACUGUCGCGUGUGCGCUGAAAUCAUGUGCGGGGCUUGCACCAUCGAGCUUGGCAUCCAGUCCAGCAAGCUCCCGCCAGGAAUGCUCCCGGAGACAGGCAACAGCUUCAUCGUCAGCGUAGAAAAGUUCUGCCUCAAAUGUAUAAACAAGGCUCGACAGGAGCGUCGUAGCGCGCUUGCAGCCAAAAGUGCAGGGAUCGAUCUCGCCCCGGAAGAGGCGUACGAAGCCAAUGUGCCGUCGUCCUAUGCUUCACGAGCCAGCGAGGUGUUUUACGGUCAGGUGCCACCUGCUCGUGGCUCCGUGUCUGAUCACUCGGCCGAUAGAGAACUCAACCCGCAGCAGAACCACUCGUUUGCGUCUUCAUCUUCGUCGACGAGCUCAAUAGGAGGAGCCAGUGGUACAAGCGGAGAAAAAUCGGGCAUUUCGUACGCUGGUUGGUCUACCAAGGUUCUUUCGGCUAUCAACAGAGAGAAGCCGGCAGAUGGAGCGAAAGAGCAGUCGCUGGUUACGCUUACGUCUGUAGGAAGCAGUAGAAAUAUGGAUAUCGGUGCUCCUCGCACCGCGCGGCAAGCAUCCGGAGACCGACGACGGCACAAUUCGGACGCCUCGGGCGGCUCUACCAGCAUCAGUUCGCAGAGCGACCGCAGCAGCUCGGACAUCAAGAGCCGCAAGGACCCCCAUUGCAGGUGACGCUGUUGUGCUGCUGGAGGAGCCCGACGAGGUGCAGAACAUUACGCCGCUACCGACGUCGUUCACGAAAAUGGAGGAGCAGAUUGCUGCUCAGCAGGCAUUGCUACGCUCGAUGUUUAUUGAAGGCAAGAAGAUCAUGGAGCAGCAGCAAGUAUACGGAGGACAGGUGCACCCGGCGCAGCAGCAACGUUACCUUAACCAGAUGUCUCCACCGGAGAGUGUCGAGGACAAAGGAACGCUCGCGCUGCCGCCAUCAUCGGCUUCUAUCGAGUACAUCGACUGAGCCGUCCAAAUCUCCGUCGUUGUUACUCGGAUCUCUGCAUUUUUGCCCGUCAAAGUGCCUC